AUGGAUCACGCACUUGAGCAUCACAAAGACUAUUUGGGUCGGCAUGCAUCUGAACUCCCAACGCCUUCCUUCAUCGUCAACAAACCCAUCAUUGAGCAAAAUAUCAAGAAGUUGCACGACGAUGUUUCCAAGCUCAAUAUCUCGUUUAGACCACACUUGAAGACGCUGAAGACUCUGGAGGUAACGCGGCUGAUGUUGGGAAAUGGAUUGUACCGCAAGGUUGUAUGCUCAACUGUACCCGAGAUUGUCGGUGCUCUGCCUUUGGUCAAAGAGGGUCUCCUGGAAGAGGCUAUUUUUGGCAUGCCAGUCUACAAGAGCGUCAUUCCUCGCUUGACCGCUCUUCGCCAGAAUAUCAAGAUUGAUCUGCUUCUCGAUAGCCGCGAUCAAUUGCAGUUCUUGGAAAGCUCCGGAACAGCAUGGGACGUCUUCAUCAAGAUCGACGUUGGCGCACGCAGAGCCGGACUGACGACCGAUUCACCGCGACUCAAGGAAUUAGUGCAAGCAAUAGAGAGCUCGGAAUUCGCGAAAUUGAAAGGCUUCUAUUGCCACGCGAAUCAUUCAUACGGCUGCCGAACAGAGGAAGAGGUUACCAAAAUGCUGCAGCUUGAGGUGGAAGAAGUUGUUGCAGCAGCUUCAUUAGUAUCGACGACGAGGUCUCUCAUCUUGUCAAUUGGCGCGACACCCACAGCACACGUAAUCGAGAGACUGAACGAAAAGCUACCACCGAACGUGACACUUGAGCUUCAUGCUGGCAACUUCCCCACGAACGACCUUCAACAAGUCUCUACGGAUGUCAUUCCGAUAACACAGCAGGCCAUUCGCGUAUGCGCAGAUGUCGUCAGCGUUUAUCCUGAACGGAACGAAGUUCUGAUAAACGCAGGAGUCAUUGUUUUGGCCCGAGAAGCUAGCGGGUUCCCGGGACACGGCAGGGUCGUGGAUCGACCAUUUUGGGACGUUGUACGUGUGUCGCAAGAACAUGGCAUCCUGGGGUGCUCGAACGAUAAGGAAACAGCCGGUGAUAUCUUCACGGUCGGUGAGAAGGUAUAUCUCUGGUGCCAGCAUUCAUGCAUAACCGCAGCUGCAUUUUACGCGUACUUCGUUGUGGACGAGAAUGACAUCGUCAUCGACACUUGGAUUCCAUGGAAAGGGUGGUAG